GUUGCGUCUUCUCGCGGCCGAAGUGUUCGAGAGCCUUCGCUGCGCCUGUCGCCUUGCAAGUGUCGCGCUCUGACGUCAGCGGCUCCAGAGGCGCCUGUCCACCACUGCACUGUGCUGCACUGGACUGGACUCCGGACUGGACUCCACUGUCCACUUACUGCGCUAGUCGGCCCUCCACUGGACCGCACUGUCCACCGCUGCGCUGCAUUGGACACCUCUGGUCCUCAUUCCCCCACUGGACCUCACUGGUUACCUCUGCACCGCUUCAGACUCCGCCGAACUGCACCGGACGGCACUGCGGGGACCGGCGGCAGCGCUGCUGUGACACCCAUGGCUGCUCUACUCCCGGCUCUGGGCUGCGCGCCUCUGCGUCUGCUCGUGAGGCGCACUGUGAGGACUUGGCAGCUCCAGGCCCCUGGCUUUGGACUUUCUGCGCAUCUUCUAGGCAAGGGCAGGAGUGGCUGGCCACUGGAGUUUUCGCAGGAGGAGCUGCGGCAGCGUCUCACCCCCAUGCAGUUCCAUGUGACCCAGGAGGCUGGCACUGAGAGGCCCUUUGAGGGGGAGUUCACUGAUCACAAGGAGGAGGGGACCUAUACAUGUGUUGUGUGUAGGUCGCCUUUGUUCAGCUCUGAUAAGAAGUUUGACUCCCGUUCAGGAUGGCCCUCGUUCUUUGAUCUGCUCAAUGAGGAUUCUAUCACUUUAACACCAGACUCAUCGUACGGUAUGCACAGAGUGGAGACCAGCUGUAGUCAGUGUGGUGCCCACCUUGGACACGUGUUUGAUGAUGGCCCUCGGCCAACGGGGAAGCGCUACUGCAUCAACUCUGCCGCUUUAUCCUUCUGUCCCAAAGAUGGGAGAGAAGCACCUGGGAAGGAGUAGCUCAGAAGACAGCCCAGCAUUUCCACUGCAGCUGCUAGACCACAUUCUAGAAAUGCUUUCGCUGCCCUUUCCAGUCUGCCAUGAAAAAUAAGACUAGCAUAUUUAGUCCAAUGUGAUUCAACAGUCUGAGAAACUGGCUGCGUGACACAUAUUUGGAUAAAAAUUAGAUAUUUGGUGCAACGUGGUUCCGUGAAUAAACGUUACCUUCAAGACCUUUGAAAAAGUCAAAAUGCAGACCUGCACUUUUGAACAUGAACUGUGGACCAGGGUCAGAAUUCUGGUCAAACU